GUCGGUAAUACGCUUGCGCGGAAACACGUACACCGGAACUUCCGUCGUUCAUCGAUCACCUUCAAGUGGGAGGAGCGGAGAGGAAUGAUUGACAUCCAUCCGGGCUUGAAAUGCGACCCUGGAUGCGCACGCCUAUUGGCUGGAGCCAGUGUCUGACGUCGACAGCCGUCGUUGCAAGUCGCUCAUCUUUUAUGGCGAGGUAGCUUGACUGGCAUUAUAGUUCGACCCACCCUGAAGCCUUCUAGCUGUCGGUCAAAAGUAUUCCAAACAAAAUACUCAAUUACUGUUGGUUUACUAUAGCGGGUUGUGCUACCUACAGUUUUAUGGAUGGUUGUGCGCGUGUGCUGUACUAAGGCGGUUGUGGCUGGUGACACAAACGCUGGUUAGCUGUACUGGUCGGGGCGUCUGUACACGCCGCACUCUGCUCUGGUGAGGGUGGUGUCGGAGCAUGGACGAUCAACAAAGAAUGAUGCACCCAGUUUCUCAACACCCAUCUGUCAGUAUGGCGGGUCAUGUUGUGCCUCAGCAUGGCUAUGGGAUGCCACAGCAACCGCACGGGGUGGAUCAACAGCCGACCCCCGAUCAAGAACCUCGUAAACACGAUAUUUCUGAGAUACUACAACAAAUAAUGAACAUCACAGACCAGAGUCUGGACGAAGCACAAGCAAGAAAGCACACAUUGAAUUGCCAUCGUAUGAAGCCUGCUCUCUUCAGCGUUUUAUGUGAGAUCAAGGAAAAAACAGUGCUCAGUCUCCGGAACACCCAAGAAGAAGAACCACCUGAUCCGCAGUUAAUGAGGUUAGACAACAUGCUGAUAGCCGAAGGAGUGGCAGGACCAGAGAAAGGUGGCGGUGCCAAUGCAGCUGCCAAUGCGACAGCGGCAGCGUCCAGUGGUCCCACUCAGUCCGAAAAUGCCAUAGAACACUCAGAUUACCGUGCCAAAUUGGCACAGAUACGACAAAUAUACCAUCAAGAGUUGGAGAAGUACGAACAGGCGUGCAAUGAAUUCACGACGCACGUUAUGAACCUUCUACGGGAACAGAGUCGAACAAGACCCAUAACACCGAAAGAAAUCGAAAGAAUGGUGCAAAUAAUCCACAAGAAAUUCAAUUCCAUCCAGGUACAGUUGAAGCAGAGUACUUGUGAAGCUGUCAUGAUUUUAAGGUCCAGGUUUUUAGAUGCGAGGAGGAAGAGGAGGAAUUUUAGUAAACAAGCCACGGAGAUCUUGAACGAGUAUUUUUAUUCGCAUUUAAGUAAUCCUUAUCCCAGCGAAGAAGCGAAAGAAGAAUUGGCCAGAAAAUGCGGCAUUACGGUAUCCCAGGUAUCUAAUUGGUUUGGUAACAAGAGGAUAAGAUAUAAGAAAAAUAUAGGAAAAGCACAAGAAGAAGCAAAUCUAUACGCUGCCAAAAAAGCAGCUGGUUCUUCCCCAUAUAACAUGGUGCCAACAUCUCAAGGUGGACAGCCAGGCCAAAUGAUCAGUCCACCUCCUCCGGGCAGCGCUCCGCCCCAGGACGGUUUAUAUAACAUGAGCAUGAAUGGUGGCGAUACUUACCAGCCAGUCUCUUCCAUGGGAGCCAAUGUACAGUCACAGGUAGGCCUAGCCAACGCUCUCAGGCAUGUCAUCUCGCAAACAGGGGGUUUCUCAGACGGUCUUAGUGGACAGUCUGCGGCAAUGUACGAUCCCAGCAUGCAUCAGGCAACGGAGCUUCACCCCUAGUUGAAGUUGAAGAGCGGCUAGCCGAAACCGAACGUUGGCUGUUUCGACACAUCGUGCCAGUCCGAAAUGUGUAUCCAAAACGAAAAUAAACAAAACAGCAACACGAAAAUAAAUAAAAAAAAUCAGCCGCCCUCGAUACAUCUGCGGAAGUCUCACGUCUGGACCAGAGUGGCUCCCACCUGGAGGCGGGUGAGCCAUCACAUCUGAUCUCUGAGGAUGUGUCCGAAUUUUUGUACAGAAAAACAUCAAUCAAUCUCUCUCUCUCUGUACAGAUCACAUGUUGGACGGGUAAUGUCUUCUCCCGUACAUCUGUACGUUUGUCCAAUCGUCCGCUAUUAUCAAUGUCAGCCGUCCACUGUGGUGGGCAAUAUGGCGUCAUCAUUUUGGAUCUCGACUGUUAUUUGUUCAUUAUUUUGAGUUAUACUACUGCCAGGGGGGAUAAUAUUGGAGCUGUUAUUGAUUUUUUGAGAAUAGGGUUGGAUUUCUAACUCUUUAUGCAAUAAAUCAGUUGAGAAGAAAGGAACACAAAAGAGGUAACUGCUACCUCGGAAAUUCUCUCAUUCUCAUUAUCUAUCUCUCGCCUGGUGGUGUAGUUAGGCUGUUUGUACAUUGAUAUUUCACCCUGUAUAAACUUGUAACCUGUACAGAAACGUGUUCCCAAAUUCCUCUUACCCCCUAAGAAGAAAAAAAAAAGCUGGAAAAACAAUUAGUUCUCCACCGUGUCUGUAGUCAAUAAAAAGGUAUUUUUCCCUUUCAACAAAUC